CCCUCCCAUCGCAACCCAUCGGCCCCCCCCCCCCCGGGGGCCUCAUGGCCUGGCCGCGCGGCCAUGGGGCGGACCCCAUCCCUCUGGCUGGUGGCCUUGCUCGUUCUGGGCGUGCUGGGCGUGCUGGGCUUGUGGCUUUCGACAGGCAUUUGCGCAGGGGAGGCGCUUCCCUCCAGCCUCUCCGACACCUCCAGCCGACUCGGCCAAGUCGGCCCGGCGCGCGGCACCGGCUCCGGCGGGUGCGAGAGCUCGGUGCUGGAGAGGACGGGGCUGGUGGUGGGCCGCUUCCCGCGGAAGUAUUGCUUCAUGGCGCCCCGCGUGCAGGUUGCGGCUUCCGACUGCUGCAGACCUGGGAACGCUGGCAACGUCUCGUGCUUCAAUGAGUUCUGGACCUACGCGAGGUGUUGCGUCCCCGACGAAGAGGAGACGUGCUGUGUCCUGUGCCCGCGCGCUUCAAGAUCGCCUUGCUGCGUGCAUGGCGAGCGACGGCUCACUGGGCGGGUGCCGAAGCCAGGGCGACGGCGCCGUGUGCCGCUGCCCAGCGGUGAUGUUCGACGACCGGGCGAAGCACCACAAGGUCAACGAGCUGAGCAACGACUUCAACCGCGCAUUGUGGUGUGUGGCACGUGGCCUUUUGGAUUCCAGCUCUCGUGAGAGGCUUGUGGUGGACUUCUUUAUGGCGAAGGGCCACAGCUCCCACGUCUUGGCCCACGGGCUCACGGCUUCAGUCGCUCGCCGCUGGCGGCUCGGGGGCUUCGAGAUGGAUGCGGGCCUCAGCCAGGCGGCGGCUGAGAGCCUGGGCCGCUUCGGCGGCGCCUCCGUGGUGAAGAGCUGCGAGAGGUGGCCGCAGAGCGGCGUGGUGGUGGUGAACGGCAAGGCGCCCACCAGGCACACGGAGGCCGACUGCUUGCGCCGCCUCUGUGGCAACGGUGCGGACUUGGUGGUGCUGGAUCCGGACUUCCAGAUCCUGAUGCAGGAGGAGUUCUUCUUGCUGGAGGAUCUGUGCCGUCCUGCGAUGUAUGCCGUGAACAACAUCAACUUGGCCGCGCACGGCGGGUGGAUCAAGGAGUACCUGGUGACGGUGGGCUGGUUGGAGCUGGCGGCCGGCAGCUCACCAGACUUCAACAGCUUCCUGAACGCGGCCCAGGGCAAGGGCAACGCCCUGGCGCUGUCUUUGAGGUCCUGGUCACUGCUGCUGCGGCCCGAGCAUGCCUGCCGCCUGUGAGCCGUGCGAGCUUUCGCGGUGUCAGGAGUCUUCAUACAGGUCAAGAUGGGGCU